AUGCAUCAAAAGAAAUCUGAAACACUCAUCACAAAACGAAGCAGAAGAAGCAGAGGAGAGAGGGGAAGACAUACAUCUCCUGGUUUCAAACCUCCCUUACCUCUCUUUGAUCCUUCAAUCCAUCAAAAACAAGAAGAAGUCCAAAGACAAAAGCAAUCUCAAUCAAACCCACAAAACCAACCUCUUCUUCAAAUUCAAAUCUCACCACCCACAUCACCAAACCCACCACUACUGACCCACCAACCUUACUUUCAAUCUUACCAUGAUCAAGACCAAACCUUGUUCAAUAAUCUUUCAACAGAAACAACAACACAAAAACCUCUUAUUUCGGCACCCCACAAGAGAGUAACAAUUAUGGCUCAGUCACCGCCUUCCUCUCUCUCUCACUCUCCUACACUUUCCUCUCGCCAUAGAAACCUUAACCAAUCAAAUUUUCAUAAAAAAACAUUCUUGAAUACUAUUACUACCCCAUUUACUACUCAAUUAUCUAUCGAGACUCUAGCUCACAAAGUCUUUUUCCAUUUCAGCCAUGCUCGUUUGCUUUGUGUACAUUUGAGGGUUUUGAUUCUUAUUAUUUUGCCUGCUCUUUACUUCUUUUUAUCAAAUCCUCAUCGCUUGUUUAUCAUAAAUUUGCUUUUCAUUCUUGCGUUCUCAAUUACCCUUUUAGUAUGUCUCAAUCUUGUGCUUCCUCGCUUGCCUUCUAUUCGUUUACUUGUAGCUCGUUCAUUGCCAAAUAAGUUCAAGUCAACAAUUUUACCUACAAAAGCUUCAAAACCUGUGGAGUGGUCAAUUGGGUCUAAGCCAAAAAUAGACAACAAGCCUUAUUCGGGAUCAUGGGUUCAGGUUUAUAGUAAUGGUGAUGUUUAUGAGGGUGAAUUUCAUAAAGGGAAAUGUUCAGGGAGUGGGGUUUAUUACUAUUAUAUGAGUGGGAGAUAUGAGGGUGAUUGGGUAGAUGAGAAGUAUGAUGGCUAUGGAGUUGAAACAUGGGCUAAAGGGAGCAGAUACAGAGGGCAGUAUAGGCAGGGUUUAAGGCAUGGAAUUGGGGUUUAUAGGUUUUACACGGGUGAUCUUUAUGCUGGUGAGUGGUGUAAUGGGCAGUGUCAUGGGUGUGGUAUUCAUACUUGUGAGGAUGGGAGUAAGUAUGUUGGGGAGUUCAAGUGGGGUGUUAAGCAUGGGCUUGGCCAUUACCAUUUCAGAAAUGGGGACACAUAUGCUGGGGAAUAUUUUGCAGAUAAGAUGCAUGGUUUUGGAGUAUAUCAGUUUGCAAAUGGACAUUGGUAUGAAGGAGCAUGGCAUGAGGGGAGGAGGCAAGGGCUUGGUGUGUACACUUUCAGAAAUGGAGAAACACAAUUUGGUCACUGGCAAAAUGCAAUUCUUGAUGUAUCUACUGCAGAGAAUGGCAAUCCUAAAUCUCCAAAUGCUAUUAGUCAUCCUAAAGUUCUUAGUGCUGUCCAGGAAGCAAAACGAGCUGCUGAGAAAGCAUAUGAUGUGGCAAGGAUAGAGGAGAGGGUGAACAAAACUGUUGCAUCUGCUAACAAAGCAGCCAAUGCUGCAAGAGUUGCAGCAGUAAAGGCUGUCCAAAGACAAAUGCACCACCGGAACAGUGAUGAUGUACCAACUUCUUUUGUUUAA